UGGAGGUGGAAACAAUGGCGUCUCGAGCGUUCCUCCUUGCCCUCACGAUCUCGUCCCUCCUCCUCGUGCAUGCCGUCCUCGCUUCCGCCUCCACCGUUCCGAAGGUCCGCGGCAAUCCCGACCUCGAUGAGGAGGACCUCAGCUUCCUCGACGAAGAGGAGGAGGGCGAGAAGCCUCCCCACGCCGGCGACUUCUACCCCGAGGACGACGGCGCCUUUGGCGGCCUCGACGGCCGAGCGCACGACGCGACCCCCGUGUUCGACGAAACGGACGUCGUGGUCCUCGGGGACGGCAACUUCAGCGAGUUCAUGGGGAAACAGCGCCACGUUAUGGUGGAGUUCUACGUGCCGUGGUGCGGGCACUGCAAGGCCCUGGCGCCGGAGUACGCGGCGGCCGCCACGGCGCUCCGUGGCGAGGACGUGGUGCUCGCCAAGGUGGACGCCACGAAGGCGAACGUGCUCGCGCAGAAGUACGAUCUGCAGGGUUACCCCACCGUGCUCUUCUUCGGCGACGGCGUCCACAAGGACUACCCCGGCCAGAGGAAUAGGGAUGCAAUUGUUGCCUGGAUCAAGAAGAAGAUUGGACUUGGAGUCCAGAACAUAAUGACAGCUGAGGAGGCAGAAAAGAUCUUGACUUCUGAGAGCAGACUUGUUCUGGGCUUUCUUGACUCCUUGGUGGGCGCUGAUAGCCAGGAGCUUUCCGCUGCUUCGAAACUUGAAGAUAAUAUCAACUUCUACCAAACAGUGAAUCCUGACGUUGCAAAACUUUUCCACGUCGAUGCUGAUGCUAAACGCCCUUCUUUAGUAUUGCUGAAGGAGGAGGCAGACAAGAUAUCCUACUACGAUGGUCAAUUCAGUAAGGCAGCAAUUGUUGAUUUCGUGAUCGCCAACAAGCUUCCCUUGGUGACCGUUCUUAGUAAGGAAACUGGCCAAGACUUGUUUGACAAUCCUAUUAAAAGACAGCUUUUGCUCUUUGCAAUGUCAAAUGAUUCCAAGAUCAUCAUGCCAGCAUUCCAGGAGGCCGCAAAAUUAUUCAAGGGAAAGCUUAUUUUUGUAUAUGUGGAGAUGGACAAUGAGGAUAUCGGAACACUAAUUUUGGAUUACUUUGGAGUGACCGAAGACGGUCCGAAGGUCUUGGCUUACACGGGACAUGAAGAUACUAAGAAGUUUAUGCUUGAUGGUGAAGUCACACUUGAUAAUAUUAAGAAAUUUGCUGAGGAUUUCUUGGCAGGCAAGCUUAAGCCCUUCUACAAAUCGGACCCGAUACCUGAUACCAACGAUGGGGAUGUGAAGAUCGUGGUUGGAAACAAUUUUGAAGAGAUCGUCUUGGAUGAGUCGAAGGAUGUUCUUCUUGAGAUAUACGCGCCAUGGUGUGAGCAUUGCCGAGAACUAGAACCAGCAUUUAACAAGCUUGCGAAGCUUGUACGGGGUGUCGAGUCGCUAGUCAUAGCGAAAAUGGAAGGCACCAGAAAUGAGCACCCUCAUGCCAAGGCUGAUGGUUUCCCCACGCUUCUCUUCUAUCCAGCCGGAAACAAGAGUUCUGACCCGAUGUUAGUCGAUACGGAUGGAACCCUGAAGGCACUGUAUAAGUUCAUCAAGAAGCACGCGAAGAUCCCGUUCAAGAUCGAAAGGCCGGCGUCGGUCUCCGAGGAAUCAGCUUCUUCCGUGGGUACGAAGAGUGCCGCGACGGGUGUGAAGGAGGAGCUGUGAUCCUUCCAAGCUGUUGUUGUUGGUCAUGCAAACAAACACAAAGGGGAGCAGUAACACAGUUGUGUUGCUGCAGUUCCCCCGGCAUGGAAACUUUGGCUGGUGAGUCCUGAGCAUGCAUUAACAUGUUGUUCCUGUCAAAGCAGUAGACUUCAGCCCAACUGCAAGAAGAACAAAACUCCCUCCUUUUCUAUAUCUAUA